CUAAAGUGAAAGGAAAGCGGGGAAAGAUACGACAAGAGAUAAAAACGCCACAAUAACAGAAAUUUUUGUUCGUAUAUUGUACAUGUAUCAACAACAAAAGCCUGUUUUGGAUAUCUUUUUGUUUAGAUGCAAUUAGUUCUACUUGAGAUUACUUAAAAGAUGCCAGAACUGGCACCAUGUUGUCAAUCAUUCUCUGAAGGGAUUCAGUAUUCCAAACCAGAAACAGCAAACUUAACUAAACAAAAAAUGGACCACGAGAGGUGGAGAUAUGAAAAUGCUGUUCAUAAAAUAGACAUAAAUUCUAAAAUUGCAGAAGAAAUUUGUUCUAAAAAUGUACAACAGGCUAAAGACGACCACUUAAAAACUUUAGCAUACGCUCGGGUAUAUCAACUUCAUAGUUUUGAUAAAUAUGAUCCAUUCAAAGACGAUCCUCUAGAAGGAAAAGCCAAACGUAGGAAGCGGAAAAGGAAACAAAAACCUAGACCAAAUACUUUCCAGACAAUUGCAAAUCCGGAAAAGGAUGACCCGGAAACAUUACUUUCUCUUUCACCUCAACGCAGCACUCUAACACUUGCUGCACUGAAUAGAACUUUUCCUCAAAUUUCAACAAUGGAACCAGUAGAAAAAGAAACGGACAAUAAAAGUUUGAGUAACUCACAUUACAAUGCUCUUUGUCUUUGGAAAAGUGCUACUAAGAAACUGUUUAUGAAAGAGAAAAAAGUCAAAGCUCAUAAAGAGCCUCAACUUACAAUGAAAGCAAAGGCUAAACUGGAGGUUGAGAGGCCACAACGAAAGAACAUAUUCCCCGGGGAGUGCAAAACACAGGCUGCUCUAAGGAGAUUCAUGGAACAUGAGACAGAACUAGUUAUGCAAGAAAUGACAGCACCGAAGCAUAAAAAGGAUGAGAGUUUUAGGAAAAUGGUAGAAAGAGCACAACUACCAGACAUCAUUCGGAGAGAUAAAUCGUUUUCUGCAAUAGUUAAGGACUUUAAAACGUACAAAGAGGAGAAAGAAGAACGAAGGCACAGGAAAAUGAUUGAAUAUGUGACACAUCACUUCAAUCAAAAUUCUAUACUACAUUAAAAAUCCGAAAUAUUUCUUAGGAAUUAAAACACUUGUUUUUUUAACUACACUUAGCUUCCUUGUAUUGAUUACUUACAUUUAAAUUAUGUUUUCAUUUAUCGUUUCAAAUGAUGUUUAAUUAUAAUUUGAAGACAUUAAAACAUGUAUUUUAACUUAUGUGUAUAACAAAACUGGAAACUUUUACAGCAAUACUAAUAAAUAAUUAAUCCACA